AUGGCACCACCCAAAACCACCAAGUUUGAGGACGAGAUGCGGGAGGCCUGGGGUUAUCGAUUCAAAUGGACCAAAGACCACCAGACCCCAGAGCAGUAUGACUAUCUCAAACACUCCUGUGACACACUGGGCGAGGAUUGUGCAGUGCUCCUGAAUGAAAUGUAUCCGGCUGAAAGCGGAACCUCUAAGAGUCAGCAAGACAAUCAUAGCUCCAAUGCCACUUCUCGGGACGGAGCGAAGCCUGAGAAUCGUCCCUCGAAAUACCGAGAUCUAUACGAGCUGUUCUGCGAGCAUCACACAGAGCAUCCAAAGCUCCAGAAGCUCUGGGAGGAGGUCAACACCACGCCCGACUGGGUCGACUGGGACCAGAUCGCACGCGGCCAAGACGUCCUAUAUCGGUAUGGAGGCGCCGCCUUCACCGGGUUGACGUACCAGUCGCUCGUCGGAGGCACCGCCGGCGCUCGAGUGGCCGAGGUAUUGGGUCGCACGGGCGGGUUUAACGUGAACACCGUGUUCCGCCGUAUGCUCGAGACCACCAUCUACUUCAUCGACGUCACCGAGAGUGUCGACAGCCUCAAGUUCGGCGGCCGUGGCUUCGCUAGCUGCAUGCGCGUACGCUUCCUACACGGCACAGUACGACAUCGCAUCCUCCAGCUCGCAGCCAAGCGCCCGUCUUACUUCUCAGUUGAAAAGCUUGGUAUUCCCAUCAACGACCUGGACUCGAUCGGCACCAUUGCCGUCAAUUGCGCAACCAUCAUCUGGCAGUCACUCCCGCGGCAGGGCAUCCAUAUGCGCGAGCAGGAGAUACGCGACUAUGUAGCCCUGUGGCGCCUCAUCGCCUACUACAUGGGCACGCCGACCGACUUCUUCUCCACGCCGGCCAAGGCGCGUGCUAUCAUGGAGUCGCUGUACCUGUACGAGUACAACCCGUCGAGCAGGUCGCAGACACACGCCCAGAACAUCAUCAUCGCUAUGAGUGACACAGCGCCUAGCUACGCCAGUAAGCCGUACCUCGAGGCCACUGCGCGCUGGCUUAACGGCGACCCUCUCGCUGAUGCUCUGGGCAUUGGCCAGCCCAGCAGGUACUACACGAUGCUUGCAGCGGGACAGUGUGUGCUGUUCAUGAUAGUGUACUAUACCUGCCGCGACAUCCAUUUCCUUGACCGCGCCCAGAUUGCGUCCUUCCGGCGAAACGUCAGGGACUAUAUCAACAACCCAGAACUCGGCCUGGAUCACCGCUCUGCCUUUAACUUCAAGUACCUACCCAGCUCGGACGAUACCAAGCAGAAGGGCGAGGGCGAGACUCUUGCUAAGUCUAAUAAAAUUGUAUUUUGGACUGCUGAUCGCAAGGCGUUGGCUGUGUUAUUGAUACUCAGAGGAAACUACCUAUUUGGACCGUUCCUCGCCGAAGCGAUCAACACCACAAUACGUCGUCAGAACCUCGCCCAUGGUGCCGAUAAACAUCAAACCAUGACAAGAUCGGAUGUGGUAAUCAUCGGGGCUGGAUUCUCAGGGAUCUGCAUGGCCAUCAAGCUGCUCGAAGCCGGCAUACGCGAUAUCGUCAUCGUCGAGAAGAGUGCAGGUUUUGGAGGGACGUGGAAAGAUAACAUAUAUCCAGGAAGUUGCUGCGACAGUUGUCUUGUCACACCUGUACUCGUAUUCCUUUGCACAGAACCCUCACUGGUCCAGAGCGUAUCCAGAACAGAAAGAGAUCCUUAUGUCGCCCAGAAGUAUGGUCUGUAUAAGCUCGUACGCUUUGGCUCAGAAGUCACUGCCGCGGAAUGGGACUCCGAGUCUCAUGAAUGGAGCGUCGCCAUUCAGGUUUUAGCUGCAAAAGAGGCUGAAUUCUGCCCGAGAUACACCAUCAAGGCCAGCUUCUUGAUUGCCGGAGUCGGUCAGCUGAACGAGCCAUUUUGGCCCAAGAUCACCGGCCAAGAAAGCUUCCAGGGAAGGGUCAUGCACUCUGCUCGCUGGGACUGGAGCUAUGACUUCGCUGGCAAGCGUGUCGGCAUAAUCGGUAAUGGAGCUACCGCCGUUCAAAUCGCACCUGAAGUCGCAAAGGCCGCCUCUAACUUGACCAUCUUUCAACGCUCACCAAAUUGGCUCAUGCCGAGAUUCGACGCAGAGAUUCCACGAUGGAAAAGGGUUCUAUUUGAUCAUGUGCCUGCGGUCCUCAGUCGGGUAAGGGGGGAGAUAAUGAAUGCUCGCGAAGCCUACUAUGAAGCUGUCAAUCACGCCGAUUCGUCCGACUCUUCGACCAUGACGGAAAUCUGUAAGCAGCACAUGCAGACGCAACUCCCCAGUCGCCCAGAUCUGUGGGAGAAACUGACACCAAACUAUCCGCCGGGAUGUAAACGCAUUCUCCUCAGCGAUGAUUACUAUCCUACGUUACGGCUUUCACACGUUACUCUCGAGACACGACAAAUCGACAGAAUGACUGCUACUGGCGUCGUUGUGAAAGAAGGGCUAGAGGAAAAGAUGAUUGAUCUUGACCUUGUCAUUUUUGCGACUGGAUUCCAAGCCAAGGACUUCAUGCACGGGAUUCACGUGCAAGGCGUGGGUGGCCAAACUCUGAGUUCCAAAUGGGCAAACGGUGCAUCUGCUCUUUACGGCGUCACGGUAGACACUCUGCCAAACUUUGGAAUGCUCUACGGGCCGAACACAAAUCUGGGCCACAACUCUAUCAUUCUCAUGAUUGAAGCGCAAGCCAGAUAUCUCGUACCCUUGGUGACAAGAGUCGUGAAGAGUAGAGCCCGAGGGGGCAAGUUAUCUCUCAUGCCUAGAGCACUGAGGGUCCAAGAAUGGAACAAAGACCUGCAGAACAGCCUAGGAAGUUCUACCUUCGCAGAUCCUAGGUGCAGCAGCUGGUACAAGACAGAUAGCGGGGUUGUCACCAACAAUUGGAGCGGAACUGUAGUGGAGUAUCAGAAACUGCUGUCCAAGGUUGACUGGUCAGAUUACGAGCUUGGGGGAGAUGGGGGAGAGAAUCUUCCGACUGGUAAGGAGUAUAUCGGCCGUGUUAUGGAGGAAACAAUUUUCAGUACCCAGCAAUUCGUUUCAGUAACAGUUCUGGCGGCAUUGACCGGAGCGGUCUCGGUCUAUCUUCAUCGUCGGGGUCAUUUGCUGAAGCACAUUUUGUAG